GUUGCCCGCAUAUAAAGAAGUGUUUUAAGAAAGAUGUAACCACAGAGAAUAAAAAUUUCAAGCAUACUGGCUUAUUUCCGUUAAAUAGAAUAAAAUGACUCCUUUAUUACAUGUAAUUAUCUUAUUCUUAGUUGGAUACUUUGUCACAGCAGCGGAAAACGAGGAUGAAUUAAAUGAAGUAAAACCUCCUAAUAAGUACAGGUUCAUGAGCAUAAUCCAUUAUAGGGACGAAAAGAACGAAAUAAAACCAGUUUGUGCUGGAACUCUUAUAACAAGCCAGUAUGUUUUAUCUGCCGCUCAUUGUCUAUCAGAUAUAAUAAAGGACGCAAAAGUCGAUUCUAGAGAAGGACUUUUACUGGAUAAAGAUCUAGUUAGUCGCUACAGUGUCGGUGUCGGAACACAUUACAUCUGCAAUCCUGCUGAAGAAAUUGAAGUGGCUAAAAUUAUCGUGCAUCCUGGAUUUUACAUGGAAACUAAGGAGACUCUUCCAGUAGAUCUGAUGCUGCUACAGUUAAGGAAACCUGUACAAUUUAACGACAAAAUAUUUCCAAUAUGCUUGCCGGAACUAAAACCGGAAAUUAAUGUCGAUAGUGGUACUGUAGCAGGCUGGUGUCAGUUGUCGAAUGGAUCAAUAAACAACGUUUUGACGGAGAACCAACAAAGUAUAUGGUCAAAAGAGGACUGCAAGGACAUAUUCAAACCUUUUAAUUUGAAAAUAAGUAAUCACAUGAUGUGCGUGGGAGGAAGAAGAGGCGAAAAAGAAUGUAAGGGUGAUUCUGGUGGCCCGUUGUUUAUCGAGACUCACGGAAAUUACUAUUUAAUAGGAAUGACAUCAAUGGGUCCGACACAAUGUGAUAUAGGCAUUCCUACUCUCUUCUCGAAAAUCCCACUCUUUAUGUCUUUCAUUAUGUCCCAUUCGGAUUACAUCGGCCAGGAUUGUUAUUGGUCACUACUUAAGGAUUGUCUCCGACGAAACUGAUUCCUAUGCUGGACAUAUCAACAACAAAAAAUUAAAUUAACAUGUUUCACUGAAUAUUUUAUAUUAUAGUUCUGUAGUUUGAAUAACUUUGUUGUGCGAGACCUUUCAAAUUAAGAAGACUGCCAUUUUAAAAGACGCUGCUUGAAAUUUUGUCAGGUCUGGCUGAUUGAAAAAUAUGAUUUUUAAUAUAUUAUUGCUGUAUUGAAAUAAAUUAUUGCCAUAUUAUAACAUAUUGUUGC